CACUACCGCCAGAUGGCGACCGAAAGAAAUUCUUCAUUCAUAUAUACACACGCGAAAAAUAGUAAAUUCUUCGCGAGUACUCCAAAUUCUUUUUAAUAGUACCCGAAAUAAACAGUUGUGAUCGAAUAGUUUAAAAUUUGUCUAUAAUUUGUAGUACCAUGAGUGGGACACUUCGUUCGGAGGUACUGCAAACUUUUAAAAAAUUACAUAGAACAAGAAAGAAUACUUUUCAGGGAGACAAACAUGUUUUAGAAGUGGUCAGGCAGAAAAUAAACAGUGAAUAUGAAAAGUCCAAAAGUGUCACUGACGAAAAAACUAUCAAAGAGUUAAAUAAUCAUGCAAAAGCAGUUGAAUACGAGAUAAGGACUACAAUAAUUCAGGCAGUAGAAGUUUCACCUGGACGAUUUGAAGCACGAAUUACUCCAGAUGUUUUAAUCGACAAUGCCGAACUUCCAUUAUCUAUUGAUAAUAAACCAAAGAACACGGGAUCAAAGAAAUGUAUGGAUGUAAAAAAAAAGUAA